UUUGCUUGGUACUAGCGUAGCUCUUCGGUACUGUCAUGGCGCCCUCCUUGCUGGUGUCCUGGGGUCUUCUCCUCUGCUCCGGUUUGCUUCUCGGUAGUGAUGUUCCUACCCCUCGCUUGGAGCCGUACGAUUAUCUGUUUGAUAACGGCGUGGAGGCGUAUUACCGGGGUGACUGGCACGCUGUCAUCCUCCAUAUGGAGAAGGCACUGCGGAACCGGGAGCUGCUCCGGCGCCACCGCAUCAGCUGCCGGCUACAAUGCGCCAGCCUAUUCGGCUUUGAGGACCUUCCCCCUAACUGGGUUCCAGUGACAGAUCUCCGCUUUUUCCAAAAUGUGCUGAAACGGGCUGAGUGUCUGAAGAGUUGUGAGAUGGAGAAGAGCGGGGCUCUCUCUACCUUUUACAUAACUAGUGAGGAGCUGGAACUGGAGUUCAGGAAAAGAAGUCCGUACAACUACCUUCAGGUGGCCUAUUUCAAGAUUCAUAAACUGGAUAAAGCAGUGUCGGCUGCUUACACCUUUUACAUGGCGAAUCCUGACCACAUGGAAAUGAGACAGAAUUUGGAAUACUACAAAAUGAUGGCAGGAGUAAAGGAUUCUGACUUCAGAGAUCUGGAAGGCAAACCUCACAUGGAAGAGUUUCGUUUGGGGGUAGGUUACUAUACAGAUGAAGAGCAGGGAACAUCUAUUAUACAUUUUGAAAAAGCAUUAGAGGAAUAUUUUGCUGCUGACCAAGAAUGUUGUGCGUUAUGUGAGGGGCCCUAUGACUAUGAUGGUUACAACUAUAUGGAUUAUACAGCUGAUUUAUUCCUCAGCAUCACAGAUCAUUAUGUACAAACUAUGAAUUGCAGACAGAAUUGUGUUUUAGAACUAGCUUUACAACCUGGGCGGGAAAAACCUAUUGAAGAUUUCCUUCCUUCUCAUUUCAACUACUUGCAGUUUGCCUACUACAGUAUUGAAAACUAUACCAAGGCUAUUGAAUCUGCAAAAACAUACCUGCUCUUCCAUCCCAACGAUGAGGUUAUGAAUCAGAAUUUGGCUUAUUAUGUUGCAGUUUUUGGAGAAGAACAGGGGAAAUUAAUUCAGCCUAGAGGGAACAUUAAGACCUACAUACAGCGCAGCCUGCUGGAGAAGGAACUACUAUUUUUUGCCUACGACUCAUUUGGAAUUCCUUUUGUUGAUCCGGACAUUUGGACUCCAGAAAACAUAAUGCCAAAGAGACUCAGAGAAAAGCAAAAGUUAGAACGAGAGACAGCAGCCAGAAUUUCUGAAGAAAUUGGAAACUUAAUGAAAGAGAUUGAAACUCUUGUAGAGGAGAAAAACAAAGAAACCCUGGAUUUCACUAAGGCUGCACACGAGGGUGGUUCAGUUUUGUUUGAUGAAAUCAGUGUAGUGAUGAAUUCAAAUACCCUGAAUGGUUCACGGCGAGUUGUGACUGACGGGGUCAUUACGGAAGAUGAAUGUAGAGAACUUUUAAGGCUUACUUAUGCUGCCGCUUCAACAGGAGAUGGAUAUCGUGGUACAACUUCCCCUCAUACUCCCAAUGAGAAAUUCUCUGGUGUGACUGUGUAUAAAGCACUCAAGCUGGGACAAGAAGGCAAGGUGCCUUUAAGAAGCGCACACCUCUACUAUAAUGUCACAGACAAGGUGAGGCGAGUGGUAGAAUCGUAUUUCCGUCUUGAAAGUCCUCUGUACUUCUCCUACUCACAUCUCGUAUGUCGGACUGCUAUAGAAGAGAAGCAGAGCGACAGGAAGGAUUUAAGUCACCCGGUUCAUGUGGAUAACUGCAUUUUAAACUCUGAAGCUAUGAUGUGUAUUAAGGAACAUCCGGCAUAUACAUUCCGUGACUACAGUGCAAUAUUGUAUUUGAAUGGUGACUUUGAAGGAGGAAGCUUCUAUUUCACGGAGCUUGAUGCGAAGACAGUAACCGCAGAAGUACAGCCACAGUGUGGGAGAAUGGUAGGAUUCUCUUCUGGUGCUGAAAAUCCCCAUGGUGUUAAAGCAGUUACUAAAGGCCAGAGAUGUGCUGUUGCAUUAUGGUUUACUCUUGACCCGCGACACAAUGAGAGAGAGCGAGUUCAAGCUGAUGAUCUAAUAAAAAUGCUGUUCCAUACAGAAGAAACAUUUCAAGAGGAAGAGCAAAAUAAGGUUCCUGGCGAAACUGAAUCCAAACAACAAGAUGUAACCUUAUCUCAGGGUGUUGUACAGCAAAAUUCAGAAGUAUCUGAAGAAGGUGCUUCCAAAUCCCAGGAUGCUGUAGAGGUAGAUUCUCUAAUGCAUGAAAAAGAUGCAGCUAAAUCCCAGGAUGCUGGCGAGGUAGAUUCUUUAAGGCAUGAAAAAGACACGGCUAAAUCCCAGGAUCCUGCAGACCAAAGUUCUGAAACACUUGAGGAAGAUGCAUCCAAAUCCCAGGAUGCUGCAGAUUUCCAUACAAUACAGAAUUCAGACUCCUAUAGAGAGCAGGUGCUCAGCCAGUCAUUGGACUCUGCAAGAGAAAAGGUUGAAUUAUAACAGUAAAACGGACAUUUGGUGCUCUGUAUGAAACUCAUGGACUUGGCAAUACAAUUUGUAAAUCAGGGAGAUAUGUUGUCACAAUAAGAGGAAAAGAAAAGAAAUUGAAGUAUUUGUUUUUUGUACUUCAGAAUCUUCAGUUGUUUAAAUAAUUCCAAACUACUUUGGUGGUGUAGAAAUAGAGUAAAAAAACUGCGACUUCACAGUACGUUUUGUUUAUUGUAUGUACAAAUCUACAUACAAGCAGGCCUAUGCAAUCUUACACAGAUGGUGCUAAAAUGACAUACAUUGUGCAAUAUAUUUUACUAGGUAACACAAACUGAUCAUACAAAUAUGGGAGACAAGUUUGUUAAUAGUUUUUCUAGCAUUAAUUCCCGAGAGAUUUACAUUGAAAAAUGUUUUGUGUUUUUACAAAAACUGAUGUAGUUUUGGAACAUCAGAGCAUUCAUUGCAUGUGCCAUGAUACUUACAAGGAAAGUGAACAUGUUAAAUUGACACUGAAACUUUCAUAUUCUAAUAUGUUUAAAGGAACAUAAAACCACAUUUUUUUUUCUUUCAUGAUUCAGGUAGAGCAUGUUAUUUUAAACAACUUUCCAAUUUACUUGUUUUGUUUUCUUUGUUGAAAAGAAUACCAAGGCAGGCUCAGAAGUUGCUGAUUGGUGGCUGUAUUUAUAUAUGUCUCAUAUUAUUGGUUCACCUCUUGCAUUCAGCUAGCUCCCAGAAGUGUAUUGUUGCUACUUCAACAAAGGAUACCAAGAGAAUGAAGCAAAUCAGCAAAUAGAAGUAAGUUUAAAGUUGUUUGAAAUGAUAUGCUCUAUCUGAUCAUGAAAGAAAAAUUUAGAUUUUUUUCUCUCAUGAAGAUACUAAGGAUAUUUUAAGUUGCAUUUGAAAAAUCACCCAAUUACCAUUCCAGGAAAUGUUUAUACAUAGAUGCGGCAUAUGUAGCCAAUCAGACUUCAUCAGCCAAAUGCCUAAUUAUCUGUACCUGACACACUUCUCAGAGAAGGAGCUGAAUGUCUUGAAACGUCGUCACUCCAGUUUACCACUUAAACCAUCAGUGUCAGUAAUGCUGAUAAAAACUUUAUUAGAAAAACAUUGUGUUUUUUUUCUGCAGAAGCUAUUCUUGCCACUUACCCGACUCCAGUUCAACAGUGUAAAAGAAUAAAAAAAACUUGUUGGCAUCAAAUUAUUUUAAAUUGAUAGCAAUAUAUGCCAAAAGUCUAGGACUUCAAAAUCAAUUAUAGUGAAUUGUAAUUCUGUUUUUAACUGGAGUUAGUUUGCAUGAAUGAUUAGGUUGUUGUACAUUGGUGUUCAGUUGUAUGACUUGCCAAAGAAAUGUAUAAACUACAUGUCUGAUGUGAUUGAAUUGAUCAGUGCUUCAGUAUAAAAUAGUUUUUGGCAUUGUGGGCUAAUUCUGUAUUUUCCUCAUUCCUAUUCUGGUUAUUUAACAAAUGUCUGGAUAUUUAAGUGCCUUAUCUUAAAGACGGUGUUCAAUAAAUGUUUGUUUUAUAUGUG